CCGCUUGUUUCCAGCCCGUUACGCCCGGAAAACAAUGCAGACCUCUGGAGGCCCGGAUAACUACACGAGGGAGACGCAGAGACGGAGAUCGACACAAAGAGAGAGGCGACGGGACGAGAGAAAUCCAUCGCGUUGGGUGGCAGCGAUGCCGGCAUGUUGAGGCGAUGCAGCGACGAGAUCGAGCGGAGGCGCUGCCGCCGCCGGCUGCGACAAGGGGAUCUAGCGGCGGCUUCGAUCAUGGGAUCCAGCGGUGGCUUCGACCAUGGGAUCCAACGGCGGCUUCGACAAUGCGAGCGAGCUGCGACAGGGGAAUCCAACGGCGGCGGCGGCGGCGGCGUUGGGAUCUAGCGGCGGAGGCGCAGCGGCAGCGGCCGGGAUUCAGCGACCGCGACCGCGACAACGAGAUCCCAAUCCCCGAUUUGAUCCAAUAUCUUGUUGGUUUUGUGUUCUGGUAUUUUUAUGAAUCCAAACCAAUUCGUACGUGUGUCGAUUUUGUAGUUUUGAUCGGAUUUCUUGCUGGUUCUUUGUUCUGGAAUUUUGGUGAAAUCAAAAGAGAACUGGUCCUGUCAUUAAACGUAAUAUCUUCUCCCAAACACUGGAACGUAGGAUUUUUUGAUUCACCCGUAAUCUUUAGUGCACGCUAUAAUACACCUGUGGGAAUUUACAGGUGAAGAAUUUUACCUAGUUCCCAAGCGGGGCAGGUGUUGCACCUGCUAGGGUCGCCAGAUGCUCUGGAGGCCAAGGUUGGCGAAGCCAUGGAGGUUCUCUGUAGGCUGUAGCGCUCAGCAGCAGUGCGGCAAAGGUGCCAAAUAGAACUCAUCUUCCGCAUCGUGGUCUCGUGGACUAGUCAUGGUCAACAGCCCCAUGCGACGCGCCAAUCGGCCCAUGAAACCGUCUGUUCAUUUCCUCUGCUUUUCAUAACCUUCUCCAGAGAGCAGCAAGCCACCAGCUUGUGAGUGUAGUAAUUAGUCAACCGUUGGCAACAAUGGCACCCUCCCCACGACCACGAGCCAUGCGCGGCCUGCUCUCUCUACUCCUCCUCCUGGUCGCCGCAGCCAACGCCGACGACGCUCUGUUCAACGACUGCCCGAGCAACACGAACUACACCAGAGGUGGCGUCUUCGAAGCCAACCUCGACGCCCUCCUCUCCUCCCUACCAGUCUCCGCGGCCGCGCAGUCCGGAUUCGCGAAAAAUACCACCGGUGCAGCGGCGCCGGACCAAGCGUACGGGCUCGCGCAGUGCCGCGCCGAUCUCAACGCAUCCGAUUGCCGCGCGUGCCUCGACACCUCAGUCCGGGACAUGGCCAGCAAAUGCCCCGGCCAGAAAAACGCCAUGCUCUUCUAUGACGCUUGCGUGCUCCGGCACGCCAACGUGAGCUUUUUCGGCGCCGACGACACGUCGCGCGAGUACCCCCUGGCGAACCCGGGGAACGCCACAGAGCCCGAGCGGUUCACGCCGAUUCUCGGCAAGCUGAUGGGCAACCUAGCUCGAAGGGCGGCGUUCGAGUCUCCGCGGAUGUUCGCCGUCGGCAUGACCAGCCUCACGCCGUUCGUGAAUAUCUAUGGCAUGGCCGAGUGCAUCCGUGACCUCCGCGCCGACGACUGCAACAGCUGCCUCGUAGAUGCCGUCUCCAGGAUUCCCUCCUGCUGCGACGGGAAGCAGGGCGGCCGGGUCGUCUUCCGGACCUGCUCCGUCCGGUUCGAGGUGUACCCUUUCUACAACGUGCAGGCCACUGAGGCGGCAACAGGAGGCGGCGGAGUUAACGGUAGCGACAACUCCGGCGGCCCAGCAAGCACCGGAAGCAAUGGCACAGUCAAAAUAGCUCUCGCCGUCUUAAUUCCUGUUGUUGUUGUGCUGUUGGCGCUGCUGGCCUUUGCGUUCUACCUCCUCUCUAAGAGGAACAGGAAACCGCACUGGCAUGUGCAGAUUGCAAGCGCAGAAAAUGGAAAUGGAGACGAAAUGAUGAGUUCAGAAUCUCUCUUGUACGAUUUGAGUACUCUACGAGCUGCCACAGACAAUUUCUCGGGAGACAAUAAGCUUGGAGAAGGCGGAUUCGGCCCGGUGUACAAAGGCAUACUGCUGGAUGGGCGAGAGAUUGCAGUGAAGAGGUUAUCGACAACCUCACAGCAAGGGCCUCUGCAGAUGAAGAACGAGGUUGUCUUCCUUGCAAAGCUUCAACACAAGAAUCUAGUGCGCCUGUUAGGUUGCUGCAUCGAAGAGGAUGAGAAGCUCCUUGUUUAUGAGUUCCUCAGCAACAAAAGCCUCGACAAGAUUCUAUUCGACCAUGGAAGGCAGCAAGAGCUCAGCUGGGCUAACAAACACAAAAUCAUCCAAGGGAUCGGUCGUGGUCUUCUUUAUCUUCAUGAAGACUCGAGGUUGACGAUCAUUCAUCGGGAUCUCAAGGCGAGCAACAUCUUGUUAGACCCCGAAAUGAACCCCAAGAUCUCUGAUUUCGGCCUCGCAAAGUUAUUUACGAUGGAUGCAAGUGUGGGAAACACAAGCCGCAUCGCCGGAACAUAUGGAUACAUGGCGCCGGAGUAUGCCCUGCACGGUAUCUUCUCGGCCAAGUCAGACGUUUUCAGCUAUGGCGUCCUUGUUCUGGAGGUCGUGACGGGCCGCCAAAACGUGUACGGCCAAGAUUCUGAAGAUCUUGUAUCGUCUAUCUGGAGGCACUGGAGCCGUGGGGACGUGUCGAGGUUGCUGGAGAGCUGCUCUGCUGACGGGCUCCGGCCGCAGGAGAUGUUGCGGUGCAUCCACGUAGGGCUGCUCUGUGUCCAAGAGGACGCGCACCUUCGGCCCGGAAUGGCGGCCGUCGUCGUCAUGCUAAACAGCCGCUCCAUAACGCUGCCGGCGCCGACAGCACCGGCCUUCAUUGUUCCGAGCCGUGUGGUUGACAACCCGGAGGGUGCGAAUGCGUUUGCGCUGGGGAUGAGCAUGAGGCACGAGGCUCCAAACGGAGUUUAUGUGCCAUCAAUAAAUGAUGCUUCCGUUUCUUAUUUGGAACCACGGUGAUGGAUUGUCGACAAGCACACUUCACUACGGCUUUUAGUUAUCAGCGGCCUGAGACAUAAGCUUUUUUCAGUCGAUCUCGUCAGCUGUCAAUCUUGCGUAUUAAGAGUCGUCGAAUAAGAGGUAUUUGUUCUGUUUUUGGGGUGGGCUGCAGGCAUAUACUAGCAGGCCCAUUUGUGGUUGGGCUCAGAAACGAUUGUUUCUUCAUUAUGUUUUCCUGGAUUCUUUUGUUUCAUGCAAGCUUGUAUUUUUUUUUUCUGUUUACUGUGCUAGUCUGGAUACAUGUGGUGUGCUACUAGGACCUUCUUCUUUUUCAUAUCCAAAUUGCUAUUUGUCAUGAA